AUGAGCACUGAGAAUAAAUCUUCACCAACAGAGUUGCUUGCCUCUCUUCCUGCAGGCGUUGUUGUUCCACCACCUCCAGUCAAGCCAUCAUGGGGAAAGACUGAAAUGGGUUUCGGAUUCAAGAGUCCAGAAAAGCCAUCUGAACAAUUUAUUCAAGACUCUUUCUGGUCAGCUGUCUAUGGUCUCGGUGCUGGUACUGUUGCUGCUUGGUUCUACGAUUAUAAGAAGACUCGUAUGCCUUACUUCAAGGCCCUUUCUCUGCACGGUAAAAUUGUUAAAGGACCAUUCUCUGUUGUGACAGCUUUCGGUGUUUCUCAUGCUGCCAUGAAUGCUUUCUGGGAUAUGAAGAAUGCUGAUGGAGAAGAUAGAUUUGCCAAGGAACAAUCUGUUUCACAAAAGACUAUUUCAGGAUUUGUUGCUGGUUCAACAGUUGGUCUCCUUAGAGGUAGCCCAUCACUUAUGGUUCUUUGGGGUUCAAUCUUUGGAGUCUUAUCUUGGGGAUACAACAAAUACAGACUUGAAUUUUAUCCAACUGAUAAGGCCAGAAGACAACAAUUGUAUAAUGAAAAGUUUGUUCCAUCAAGUGAACCAGCUCCAGAAUAUCUUAAGGAAGACAAUAUCAAUAGUGACAGAAUGAUCUCAACAUUCUUUUUCGAAGAACAAGUCCCAAAGAAAAAGAAUACCUGUCCAGUUAAAUUCGAAGAACAAUAGAUGGGUAACUGAAAUACUUAGGGACAAUAAAUUAUUAUUAAAUAUUUAA